AUGAAGAUCGCUUUUUGUGCUUUGAACGUGGACGAAUGUUCCAGAGACCUACACGAUUGUUCAGAUGACUGUACCAACACGGACGGGUCUUACACGUGUGGGUGUCCUACAGGCUACCAACUCGGCUCAGACGAAAGGACCUGUGAAGAGGUGGAUGAGUGUGCAGCAGAUAUUGACGAGUGUUCUCACGACUGUACCAACACGGACGGGUCUUACACGUGUGGAUGUCCGGAUGGGUACGAACUUGGCUCGGACGAAAAGACCUGCAACGACAUUGACGAGUGUGCCAGCGCCCCCUGUCAGAAUGGAGGUGAAUGCCAGGAUGGAGUUAACCAGUACACUUGUUCGUGUGCCAGUGGGUGGGAUGGGACUCACUGCGAAGAAGAUAUAGAUGAAUGCACGCUUGACAGCAAUAGCUGCCACGUGUGUGAGAACACCAUGGGAAGCUUUGUCUGUUCCUGUAGGGACGGUUACGUGGUCGGUGACGAUGGAAUGUCAUGCAUAGACGUGAACGAGUGUGAUGUAGAACAGGACGAGUGUUCACACGACUGUACCAACACGGACGGGUCCUACACGUGUGGAUGUCCUACCGGGUACAUACUCAACUCGGACGAAAGGACCUGUGACGAACUGAUGAAGAAAGGAUGUGAGCUGUCCAUCGACCAAAUCGGCGGAGUGAAACAAGUCUUCACGUCGGCCCUGUCAGACACACAGUCGUCUGAGUUCAGGAGCUUUUCAUCAAGAAUGGAGUUUGCGUUGGACGAAAGUUUCAUGUCCAGCAGUAUCAGCCCGAUGUACCAGGGGUGUCAGGUCAUCAGCUGCCGGGCCGGGAGUAUCAUAGUCAACUUCGAGGUUUACCUGUUACAAGACUCCGCCACUGUGGAGAACGUCACGAACGCCUUCCUGGAGGUUCUGAACGGCAGCACAUUCGGCUCCUCUCAAAUCACCAUCGUGCCGUCCACGUGGAGAGUGUACGAGAUCGCUGAAGCGGACUCCAGCCCUCCCUGGUACACGGUGCCGCUGUACGUAGCGCUGGUAGUCGUGGGGUGUGCUGUAGUUGUGACGGCCGCGGUGGUGGCCACGGUCUACUGGUGCGGCAAACACGACCGGCACCGCCGCAAACAACGAGCCGUGGAGGCCGCUCCUCACGCCGACAGCCCCCCGCCGCCGUACGGUGAUCACGAGAGGAAGACAGCAUGGAACGUUGACGCAUAA